AGGAAGGAAGCAAAGGGUCAUGGGAGAAAAGACCCAGGAGUGCCUCAGCUGUUGGGUUUCAAGGAAUAUGCGAAGAAGGAAGCUGAAUUAAAGCAGAAAAGGGUGGCGGAGCUGAGGGCGCGGCAGGAGCAGGCCCGGCUCCAGGAGACCAGCCAGCGCCGCAGCCUGGAGUCCCUGCAGCAGGACGCCCUCCGCAAGCAGCGGGAUUUCGAGCAGAAGGAGGCCGGGUUGCACCAGCUGCAGGGGCACCCACGGCUGGAGAAGGAGGGGUCCCGCAGGGCCUACUACCGUGAGUUCAGGAAGGUGAUCCAGGCAGCUGACGUGGUCCUCGAGGUGCUGGAUGCCCGAGACCCCCAGGGCUGUCGCUGUCCCCAGGUGGAGGAGGCCGUGCUGGAGGCCGGGGGCAACAAGAAACUGGUGCUGGUGUUAAAUAAAAUCGACCUGGUGUCCAAGGAGGUGGUGGCCGGGUGGCUGAAGUACCUGAGGAACGAACUCCCGACCGUGGCCUUCAAAGCCUCCACCCAGCAACAGAGCCAGCACCUGCAACAGAGCAAGGUGCCUGUGGCCAAGGCCUCCUGCGAGCUGCUGGCCAGUGGGGCGUGCGUGGGGGCCGACUGCCUGCUGAAGGUGCUGGCCAACUACAGUCGUAGCCAGGACCUCAAGACAGCCAUCAGUGUGGGGGUCGUAGGAUUCCCCAACGUUGGCAAAAGCAGCCUGAUUAAUAGCCUGAAGCGGAGCCGGGCCUGCAGCGUGGGGGCUACGCCCGGCGUCACCAAGUGCCUGCAGGAGGUCCAGCUCGACCGGCACGUCAAGCUCCUGGACUGCCCCGGCCUGGUCAUGGCGACCGCGGCCACAGACGCCGCCCUGGUGCUGCGCAGCUGCCUCAAGGUGGAGCAGGUGGCCGACCCGGUGACGCCCGUGGACGCCAUCUUGAGACGCUGCUCCAAGGAGCAGAUCAUGCAGCACUACGGUGUGCCGGCUUACCGGGACGUCACGGAGUUCCUAGCGCACCUCGCCCGGAGAAAGGGGAAACUGAGGAAAGGAGGCGUGCCCGAUCACGAGAAGGCUGCCAAAGCUGUGCUGAGUGACUGGAUGAGUGGGAAGAUCAGCUAUUUCACGCACCCCCCAGAGACCCACACGCUGCCCACCCACAUCAGCGCCGAGAUCGUCACGGAGAUGGGCAAGGCCUUUGACUUCGAGGCCCUGGAGCAAGGCAACCAGGAGGCUUUGUCUG